AGUAUAUGAUGUGGUAUGAAGUAGAAGGAAAGACGCAGAAGACGGUUAUUGGAUGAAGCGGGAACAUAGGAAAUAAAACAAGAAGAAGAAGAGCAACAACAACCACCGUUGUCACUGCCCUCACGAUUUCGAUUCUCUGAUUCCCUUUCGCGGGGUCAGGGGAUCGCCAUCGUCGAUCCCCUUUCUCAGCCGAUUUUCUUCCAAAUGGGUAUUCUUCCGCAGAGUGAGAAGAAAAUGGAAGGCUGGCUUUAUCUCCUUCGCGCCAAUCGCUUUGGUCAGCAUUACUCACGGAAGAGGUACUUUAUUCUCAAAGACAAUGUCCUCCGAAGCUUCAAAACCCAACCCGCUUCCCCAACCGAGGAGCCAAUUAGAAGUGCAAUAAUUGACUCUUGCGUUCGGGUUAAUGAUAAUGGAAGGGAGAGUAUGAACAAAAAGGUGUUCUUCAUGUUUACUGUUUAUAAUGCAACAAACCAAAGUGAUAAGCUUAAGUUAGGAGCAAGUAGUUCAGAAGAAGCUGCAAAAUGGAUACGCACCUUGCAGGAUUCUGCAAUGAAGGAGUGCCCGUCUCCAACAAAAAAUUUAGUGGCUUGUAUUAGAAGAAGACGUUCAACUUUGAG